AUGGCUUCGGAACAGAAAAGAGUAGUCAUUGCAUUUGAUUUGUACGGCACGUUGUUGUCCACCGAAUCCGUCGCCUCAGAACUCUCAAAGCUGUACGGCGACGAGAACGCCAACGGGCUGGCUGCGCAGUGGAGGAGGUAUCAGCUCGAGUACACAUGGCGGGCCAACAGCAUGGGCAUUUACCGCUCAUUUUCUGAGCUGACACGCGCUUCGCUAAAACACGCCAUCGCGGAAAAGAAGCUGUCGCUUUCCAAGGAAGACGAGGAUCGUCUCAUGGACGCCUACAAUGGCCUUCAGACAUUCCCAGAGAUCAAUUCAGCCAUGGGGCUCGUCGAGAACAAUGCUUCGAUAGACGCAUACAUCUUCUCCAACGGCACAGAUGACAUGGUGGGCACUUCGAUGAAGACGUCCCCCGACCUGUCCCGGAUGAGCCAUGUCUUCGGGCCUGGCAAGUUGGUAACCGUAGAGGAAGUGCAAUGUUUCAAGCCAUCUCCCAAGACCUAUAGUCACUUCGCGGAAAAGGUAGGAAAGUCAGGCAAAGAGGACAGCAUCUGGCUCGUCAGCUCGAACCCGUUUGAUGCGCUGGGGGCGAGGGCCGUAGGUUGGCAGUCUGCGUGGAUCGACCGCACCGGAGCUGGCUGGGUUGACUCGUUGGGCAGCGUCGUUGGAACAGAGCCAAGCAUUGUUGUCGGAGGAGUCGACGAAGCCAUCAGGAGAAUUAUGCAUAUGUCGGAGUGA